AUGCCCCAACAACCCAUCACCGUCCACGGCCUACAAGCCCAACCGCUCAAACAAAAAAUAAACCUACUAAUCGACAACCUCGUCGCCAUCAACGACCAGACAGGAGAAUUCCUCUUACGCCUCCCAGAUGGCCGAGUAAUCGACACAAAGGGCUGGAACGACUGGGAAUGGACGCACGGAAUCGGGCUGUACGGCCUCUGGCAGUACUACUCUAUCGAUGGCUCCGAGAAAGCAUUGCGGGUGAUGCAGGAUUGGUAUAAAGAACAAUUGUCGAAUGGAACUACGAAGAAUAUCAACACCAUGGCCGUCUUCACGACCCUCGCGUAUCUGUACGAGAAAACCGGCGAGCAGACAUACCUCCCCUGGCUGGACUCGUGGGCCGAAUGGGCGAUGCACGACCUGCCGCGGACCACCUUCGGCGGCUUCCAACAUAUCACCUACCUGGAAGAGAACCACAACGAGCUUUGGGACGACACGCUCAUGAUGACGGUCCUUCCCCUCGCGAAGAUCGGGAAACUGCUAAACCGGCCGCAUUACAUCGAGGAAGCGAAACGCCAAGUCCUGCUCCAUAUUAAAUACCUCAUGGACCCGUCCACAGGCCUGUGGUUCCACGGGUGGAAAUUCGACACUUCAAGUCCAGGGGGCGUGGGCCAUAACUUCGCCCGGGCGAGGUGGGCGAGAGGGAAUUCGUGGGUGACGAUUUUCAUCCCGGAGUUCAUCGAAUUGCUCGACUUACCCCCUGGAGACGCCUUACGAACGCACCUCAUCGACACAUUGGAGGCCCAAUGUCUCGCCCUGGCGAAACUCCAAGACCCCGCUAGCGGCGCCUGGCGAACACUGCUCGACGUCCCCGAGAGCGAGGGAAGUUACAUCGAAGCCUCCGCAACCGCAGGGUUCGCGUACGGUAUCCUGAAAAGCAUUCGGAAAAGGUAUAUUAGCAAGGAGUACGAGGGCGUGGCGAUGAAAGCCGUGGAGGCGGUUCUGAGCAGAAUCGAUGCGGACGGUGAGCUGAGAGAUGUUAGUUUCGGGACGGGCAUGGGACAUGAUUUGCAGCAUUACAAGGAUAUCAAGUUGACGAGUAUGCCGUAUGGACAGUCGAUGGCGAUGAUGUUGUUGGUGGAGGUGUUGAGGUUGUUUUUGUGA